CCCACAGGACGUGUUUCCCGGAGACAUUAAUUGUGACCGGACUCAGUGGCGCGGCUGUUUAAUUCUCCGGCGGCUGCCCAUUGAUGGGACGAGAUGGUCUUGGCGGGGCUCAUCAGGAAACUCGGUCAUCAGCUGGCCGAGAUCAGGGAGCGCGCGCUCAAGAGUAUUCUCUGCAAGAUUGAGCACAACUUAAUCUGCUACGCUGAUCUCAUUCAGGAGAGGCAACUUUUUCUUCAUUUGCUGGAAUGGUUCAAUUUCCCAUCCGUUCCAGUGAAGGAAGAGGUUCUGAACCUGUUAAGCAGAUUGGUUAAGUAUCCCCCAGCAGUCCAACAUUUGGUUGACCUUGGUGCAGUAGAGUUCUUAUCUAAGCUUCGGUCGAAUGUGGAGCCGAAUCUGCAGGCUGAAAUUGAUGGCAUUCUGGAUGGACUUUUUAUUCUUCCUUCGGAAGUUCCUGCACUGUCUUCUGCCUCGUACCAAGCCAAUCAAACUGAAUUGUCAAAAAACCCUGAAAUCUUAACAGGAUAUUUUCCCCAAGACAAAAGUAAUUUCCAGCAGAUGGAAGUGCCGCCACAACCAGUGGUAAAUCAGACUGUGAAGUGCUGGAAGUUUUCUACAUUUCCUUGGCUACCCCUGACCACCACAGACAGACAUGUCCUCUCCUCUAAUGAAAGCUCUUUAAGAAGUAGUAACCACACUGUAAUCUGGAACACCUGUGAACUAUUGAAGGACGUUAUCAUGCAAGAUUUUCCUGCAGAGAUUUUCCUUCAAAGGCCAAAAAUUGUUCAGAGCCUUUUAUCUCUGUUGAAACUGGCCUUUGGAGGAGAUGGAAAGCAUCGCCUGGCAUUACAGUCAGUGUCCUGCCUGCAGCAGCUGUGCAUGUAUUUAAGAAACAGACUUAACUUUCACCGAGAUCCAGGUUUUUUCUCCAAUAAACGGGACACAGUUUCCCAAAAUUCGUCUUUAUCUUAUUGUCAUGAAGCAAGAGGUACUCAUCAUUCCCAGAACCCUUCCCCAGGGAGCAGCAGCCCUCGGCCUUCUGUGGUUGGGCGCACAGGCCAGCGACCCAGAGGAGAUGGCCAGGAUUGGGAUGCAGUGUCCUCUAGUGGAAGUAGUAGUCAUGCUCAUGUAAACUCUAGGAUAUCCAUUCAUUCACCUUUGGAUAUGGGACUCAUAGAUCUGCCAGAGCUGGAAACUGAAGACACAUUGGAACUACAAUUCCAGCAGCUCAGUCUUCCCCAGUUUUGUGUCUCCAUUCUGGAAUCAGCUGUUCCUCUCUUAAGGACAGGUAGCAGACAAAUGAUAAUAAGAGUUCUGGAAUUGCUUGCAGAGGAUAUGACACUUAUUGGUGAAGCAAUUUCAACAGAUAUCUGGGAUGACAGCAGCCUUUUUGGUAUAGAUAUGAAAGAGAAACUACUCCUGGUGUUGGGAGCCCUUGGAGAAACCAUGUGCUACCAUAAAAGUAGUAUCAGUUCGGAGCAACCAGAGGUGAUGCUUGUGCACCACAGAAUGGCCUUUAUCAGCAUUUCCCUGUUUGCAGUUCGACUGCUACAAACACUUCUCCCUGUUGAAAAGGCAAGCGAGUUUUUACCAGAGCCGAUGUCAACAGCAUUAUUUCUCCUUUCUUUGGACAUGCCUGUUUCUUUGGAAUAUCCAAAUAUUCAUGAAGCUGUUGUGGCCUAUUUGGAACAGCUGAAUUCUGAAAACUACAGUAUUUAUAAACGAACUGCAGAGGCCGUUUAUUCAAUUGAAUGCACCUGUAACUUCCUGUCUGAUAUUGAGAAGGAGGGAGAGAAGAAUCUCUUAGAAUUAGUGGAGCUGGCAGACCAAGCCUUGCGUAGCUUUUCCUAUCAUCAGCAUUUCCCCCUAAUAAAGGAAAUCAUCAGCAUUUGUUCAAAGAUCUGGAAAUCUGCGCAGGCCAGUCCAUUACUACAAGGAGAAAGUCAGAAGGUGCUUCUCCAUAUGUUGUCUCACCCGUUGCCACAAGUGAAAGCUGAAACUUACCACUGCUGUCUGGAAAUCACCAAGGAAUGUUUAGGUGUCCAUAAUGUCACUAAAUCUGUGUCUUCACUUUGCAAUGGAAUUCAUUUUCUACUUCAUCCAAAAGUUCUGUAUGAAAUCUCUGUAUUUGGCAUUCAAGACCCCAAAAGUGAGGUGAACAUUGCUGCCAAGGCCAUUCUGUUAUACCUGCUUCAGGGACGAUUGAUGAUGACAGCACUGACCUGGAACAAGUUUAUUGAGUCUCUCUGUCCUGUCAUUCCAAUACUACAGGGCUAUGCCGACACAGAAGAUCCUUUGGGUAACUGCAUUCUCCUUCUAAGCAAAGCAAGUUCUGACACAGAAGAGAUUCUUCCGUGUACUACCCGAUUAAAGUCCAUGCUGCGACUUUUGCUAGUGAAAAAGCCAUCGGUCCGCUCACUAGCGUUAAAGCUUUUAGCGUUCCAUCUGACCAGUGAAGACGGGGCUGACACAAAGCGUCCUCUGAUAGACGCCGGAGUUCUCUCCAGAGUUACGAAUUUAUUCAUUGUGAAGAAACCUAUCGAACUCAAACUGGAUGACAGAAGAGAGCUGGUUAUUAAGUCGGAGACUGUUGAAAAGGUGUAUGAAAUCUUCACCUCAGAUGAUGUUGAUCUUGUUUUGAGAAAGUCAGCUGCCGAACAGUUAGCUGUGAUUAUGCAAGAUAUUAAAAUGCAUGCUAUGGUGAAAAAGUUAUGCUUAACUGACAAAAUAAUUGAGUAUUUAAAUGAAUGUGUGAGUCAAGAUGGCAAGGUUGUAGAAUGUUUGGUACAACCAUGCCUCACACUCUUGAGGAAGGUUUUAUGUGGCGAUCCAGUCAUGCGCGUUUCCCUCUCACAACAGUCUUCUCUUUUGACCCUGUUAUUCAGAGUUUCCUUAAUAUUUCAUGAAGAUUGUACUGUCGUGACUGAAGUUGGAGCACUAUUUUGUCUUCUAUUAUUUGAUGAAGUAUCAAGAAUGGAUAUGUGGUCUGUUAAUCCUUCCAAUAAACCUUCUUUGCCGUCAGUCUUCAGUUUGCCUGUUUCAGUUUUUAGAAGGUAUCAUCUGCCUGUUCAUGUAAUCAGACACCAUGCUGUGAGUCCUUACUCCAUAGUUUUGCCCUUAUCUGCUGAUUGUUUGGACUUGAAGCCGGUGUCAGAUAUGCUGAGAAUAGCUUGGAACCUGUCGUGGUAUCAUGGGAGUGAUAAUCUGUUGAAGCAAAUGAACUCUGAAAGUAAAACGCAAGAAUUUUUAGAUUCAUUGAAGUUAUCCACAGAGGACAUCCUUACUCUGAAGAUAACACACAUGGCUAGUGGGCUGCAGGACUGCCUCCAUUCCAUUGUUCAGGCUGCAACCCACAGGGAAGUUAGGGCUGCUGUCACUAGGAUGAGUUUUUAUCUUCUGAAUGACAGAUUGUCUUUAAAGGGUGGCCCUGGUCCAUGUGGGGUUACCUUGAAGUCCUUGGCUUGGCACACAGCACUGAACAGGUUUUUACAAGUGCUUCCUGCUUGCACUGAAGAUGAGAAACUGCUAAUAGAUAUCGUACAUUUUUUAAAUAAAUUAAUAAAAGAACAAAGAAGAAAUUCUUCACUAGAACUUCUAAACUGGAUUCUUGAAUUACUUCUUAGACAUAAUGCAAACCCACUGUUAGACCUCUUGGUUCUGACAGAGUCACAGGCACGAGAAGAAACAGAUGAUAUCCGGACUGCUGUCAGGCAACAACUUCAGAAAGAACUGAUGGCUCUUUUUGAUACCUUGCUGCUCAAUUUCAUGGAAGUCACUGACAGGAAAUGCUCGGAACUUCUUUACGUUUUUCAAACACAGCUGGCUCUGAAACUGCUCCAGUGUCUGAAAGUGACGGAUGCGCCUCAUUUCUAUGGCUUGCCGUCCCUUGAGCGGACCUUACGAGGGAUGGCUAACCUCACUGCGUUUCCGGGGUGGAGCUCCCACUCCCCUCUCACAGAACCUCUGGAUAUCUGUGUGAAGUACUUGUCAGGUCUCCUUGAGGUCAUUACUUCUUUUUAUGUGGAACGUGGAGGAAAUGCUAUGUCGUUCAUGGGAAAAGGUGUUACAAAGAGCACAAUUCUUUGCUUGCUUCACUUAUCCCAUGAGAUGAUGGCCCAGGCUGGGAGCUCGGAGUGGAUGUCACUUUGGUUCUUGCCUUUGGGUAGUCAUAGUGAAGAACACAUUCCUACUCAACAAGGAUUGGCUUGGUUGAUUCCAUUAUGGGUUGAUCGGGACCCAGAGGUGAGAUUCACUUCGCUGGGGUUAGGAUCAGCACUGACCACUCUUGAAACUGGCUGUGUGGCCUUAGCAAACAGUUGUCAGAAUAUUUCCGGUGGGCUCUGGGGAACUGUGGUGAACAUUCUUCUGGACCAGUCAGAAUGUAGUAUGGUGCGCCGGGAGGCUGCGUUUAUUCUUCAGAAUCUCCUUGUAAUUCCAAUGCCUACAGAAAUUAUAAAGGAUUAUACUUGGCAGGGGCCCUGUGUCCACGAUGAGGACUCUGGCCUAUCGCUCAUUGGAAAACCUGCCCUUCAGGCUCUUUUAUAUCAUUGCCAUUUUUAUGAACAUUUGCAUCAGAUGGUAAAACAUUGUUACCUAGGACGGUGUAUGUUUGAUUUGAAUUUUUCUGCUUUUGAUAGAAAUUUAGAAGGCAGUGAUUUAAAUGGUUUAGAUGACUCAUUCAAGUUUUGGAGGGCCCCAUCCAGGAUAUGUCAGGAUCGAGAUCCAAGUUCUCUCUCGACCUCAGAAACAACGGUGGCACCUUCAUUGGAGAGUACUGAAUUUCAGCCACUUGUGCAGUCAACAACCCUUGUACCUGAAGCUUCCCAUGACCAGUUUGUGGCUCAAGGUCACCAGGAAAGUACAUCACCACGGCCACCUCAUGAUUCACCUCUUCCUGCCCCCCUGCCCAAACUGUGUGUUUUUGUUACUCCAUCUCUUCUUUCAGCAAUGUGCAGCCUCUUGGACAACCUCUUGACGAUUGCUCCCAGAGACACUGCAAAGGCUUUUCGACAAGCUCAUCUCAUAGAACUUCUCUGUAGCAUUGCAGACGCUGCCCUCAUACAGACAUGUGUCCAGGAACUCAGAGCUCUGCUGCCUUCAUCACCUCCAGCCGAACACACUCAGGCUCAGGUUUCCUUUCUCCUGGAAUACCUAUCCUCUUUGUCCAGGCUUCUGCAGUCAUGUUUAUUGGUGGAGCCUGACCUUGUGAUUCAGGAUGAGCUUAUGAAACCUCUUAUCACCAAUAUCAUUGGAAUUCUCACCAUACGUACCAAAGAUGUAUUAGUUCAGGAGCCCAGCUGGCUUCACCCAGUGGAUCCUGCACCAGGGCUGCAGGCAGAGCUGCCCACCAGUCCCAAGCUGCGCCUCCACUCCUCAACCCUUGGGCUGUCCAUGGGACCAGCUGACACGGAGCAGGGGGUGGCGCCUAUCGGGGAGGCUCAGGCCGGGCUGGAGCCCACCACAGGGGGAGGAGCUCAGACAUGGCAGUUUGAUUUGUAUUCUCUGCAGUGCUAUGAAGGGAAAUCCUCCAAAGAUAUCCUGAAAAGAGUAGCUGCAAAUGCGUUGAUGUCACUUCUGGCUGUCAGUAGAAGAGCACAGAAACAUGCUUUGAAAGCCAAUCUUAUAGACAAUUGCAUGGAGCAGAUGAAACACAUAAAUGCACAACUGAACCUAGAUUCUCUGAGGCCUGGGAAGGCAGCGUUGAAAAAAAAGGAGGAUGGUGUUAUCAAAGAGUUAAGCAUUGCCAUGCAGCUCCUAAGAAACUGUCUUUAUCAAAAUGAAGAAUGUAAAGAAGCAGCUCUUGAAGCUCACCUUGUGCCUGUCUUGCACUCUCUCUGGCCUUGGAUUUUGAUGGAUGAUUCAUUGAUGCAAAUUUCUCUGCAGCUCCUUUGUGUCUAUACUGCAAAUUUUCCAAAUGGUUGCAGUUCUCUUUGUUGGUCAAGUUGUGGACAACACCCUGUUCAAGCUACACAUAGAGGAGCCCUGAGCAACUCUCUGAUGCUGUGUGUCGUCAAGCUGGCUUCCCAGAUGCCACUGGAGAACACCACGGUUCAGCAGAUGGUUUUUAUGCUUCUUUCAAACCUGGCCUUAUCGCAUGACUGUAAAGGAGUAAUUCAGAAGAGUAACUUCUUACAGAACUUCCUCUCUCUAGCAUUGCCAAAAGGAGGAAAUAAACAUCUCAGUAGUCUGACUAUUCUUUGGUUGAAGUUACUCCUGAAUAUAUCGUUUGGAGAAGAUGGGCAACAAAUGAUUCUGAGGCUUGAUGGCUGUCUAGACUUACUAACAGAGAUGAGCAAAUACAAGCACAAGAGCAGCCCUUUAUUGCCUCUUCUUAUCUUUCAUAAUAUUUGCUUCAGUCCUGCUAAUAAACCUAAGAUCCUGGCUAAUGAAAAAGUCAUUACUAUGCUUGCUGCCUGUCUGGAAAGUGAGAAUCAAAAUGCUCAGAGGAUUGGAGCAGCGGCGCUUUGGGCUCUGAUUUACAAUUAUCAGAAGGCAAAAACAGCUUUGAAAAGCCCAUCAGUAAAAAGAAGAGUGGAUGAAGCAUACUCCUUAGCAAAGAAAACUUUUCCAAACUCAGAAGCAAACCCUCUGAAUGCCUAUUAUUUGAAAUGUCUUGAAAACCUCGUGCAGCUCCUUAACUCUUCCUGAUUGCCAUGAGAUGCUACACCUUGAAGCUGAUAGCCAUCAACAGAGGAGCUAAAGUUGAAGCCAGCUGUGUGUAGCAGCUGUUACCUGAAGAGGCAGUUAUGCUGCCUCUCUACAAAGUGUUGAUCCCCUUCUUUCCCAUGAGAGAGAGAACUGGUGAUACUCCAACACCGUCCGGUCAUGGCAGCUUUCCAGAAGUAAUAGCAGCUGACAACUAUCUGUGCCUUUUCCUUUCUGUUGAAAAGGCAUAUAAAGUUCUGGGAACAUAAACAUUUUUACCCUUUUUCUUUGCCAUUUAUUUUGUAAAAACCCUAUUUAACAGUUAUUUAAUAAAAUAAUAUUUUUAGAAACUAAAAA